UUAGUUCUCGUAUCUCAGACGAUAAGCUACCUAAAGCUUCUUGAUCAAAAUCAGUCUGAAAAUUAUGAUAACUAAACUGAUUUCGUUUUGCUUUUUAAUUUCACUUUGUGAUAGUAUUUUACGCUGUAGUAAGAUCAACAAACCUGUAAAAUCUGAUUACUUCUUGAUGCAAACGUGUACCGGAUCGGAUAAGAAUAUUAUUGCACAAACAUAUGCUCAGAAUUUAGAUUCGUGUAAAAAUUUUAGUGCUCGAUACAAAGGAUUGGGGUUUAAUUACGCAGAUCCAGAUGACUUUGAAAUCCGUAAAAAGAACUGCAUUGUGUAUGAUUGCCCCGAAUUUAAUAUCACUGCUGUGAAGCAAUACGAAUCGAUGUUUAAUUAUUACAGUCUUUAUGCCAGAGUAUUUCCAACAGAAAACAUGACAUGUGUACCGAAAGAAGGCAUCUUCAUGAUCAGCUACAGUAAACUGAAUUACACCGAUGCUGCUGCCAAAUGCGAAGAAUACGGUGGAAUUUUAGCCAACAUCAUAACCGAAGAAUUAUCAAUGAGAGUAGCCAAUAUUAUUGCUAAAUCUCAGGCGAAUAAAAAUCGCCAGAUGCAGGCUUACGUAGGUAUGAAUGAUAUCGAGCAAGAGGGAGUAUUCGUUAAUACCAAUGGUGAACCACUAAAUUGCCUUUCAUUUCGUUCUUGGGCUCCCGGAGAGCCGAGAAGUAGAUAUCUCAACGAAGACUGUGUUACAAUAGAUGCGAAUCGUUAUUGGAGGGCGCAGCAGUGUAAUAAAACUUUCCCUUUCAUUUGCGAAAUUCUGCCCUUUGGACCAUUGGAUCUGGCGGAUGCUUAUUGUUCGAGUAUUGAUCAUCAAUCUAUCAAAAAAGAAUGCUUCGAUUAUUACACCAGCGCUGAAAUUGAUUUUGAAAACGAAGUGUGCAACCGAACAGACGAAGAUAAUACAGUUAUUCGUGAAAGAAUGUUGAAAACUUACUAAAGUGCAUUUUGGACAUGAAAUCGGAGUUCAGAAAUCUUCAGCAUAAUUUUAUUAUGUUUGAGUAACUCACUCGACCUCAAAGCAUCAAUGCUAGACAGCUGAGAAUCGCUCAAGGCACAAUGAUACUCAACAAACAAUAAAUUCAAGUGAUCAAUCACUCAAUUUCAAAAUUUUCAUCCUCGCCGAGAUCAAAUUGCCCUCGAGAACCUUCUGAUUGACAAAACAAAGAAAAAAAAAUCACUCUUAUUUUUUAAAAUAUACUUCAUUGAAUAAAAACGGCACGAACGAUAAAAGUAAAACACAAAAUACAAAAUAAAUUAUUUUUUCAACGCUAUAUAAUGUACCAAACUCAAUCACAACACAUUUAUGUAAAUAAAACAGUUCACGAUGUAAAAAUCUCAAUAAAACGAAACAAACCGCACGUAAAUAAAUAUUAUAAACGCAGCUCAUUAGUAUUAAUUAAACACAUAGAUAUGCACAUAUAUUGCCUAAAUUGAUAUAAAACUCAGCACUUGACGCUUUUCCAACAUUAAUAUACAUUACAGUUAUAAUUUUUUUUUUUUUUACAAUUCAUUAUAAUAUAAAAUACGUACGUAUAAUUUGAACAAAAAAAAAAGAGGAAAAAAAUAUAAUAAAAAUUAAGUACAAUUUACAACGUUCAAUUGGCAAUUUGAAAAUUAAAAUUAAAAACGUCACGUUGAAUAAUAAGCUCAGUAACUACUUUGUACAGCAUUAUAUAAGAAACAAAAUUGUAGUAUUUCCGUAAUAGACGAUUUUUUUUCUUCUCAGAUACAACACGUAAAUAUACCAACACCAUAAUUGAAAUUGUAAAAACUUAUGCGUACAUUUAUACAAAAUUUUAGUAGCAAAGAGGUAAUCGUGCGCUUACGUUCGUACGAUGAAUUCAAAAUCGAAUCAUUUAAACAAAAACAAAAAAACACAUUAAUUAAAAAUCUAUUACAUCAUCGCAAGCCACUCCAUAACAAAACAUACCAAAUUCGACCAAACGUAAAAAUUAUCCAUCGAAAUUAAUUUCAUAGGCGUAAUACAAUAAUUCACAUUCCACAAAAAGAAAAACCAUUACACAUCAAUCUCGAGUGUUUUGUUUACACGAACUCGUCGUUGAAUAUACGAACUCCUUAUCGAGCAUAUUUGUUCGUUGAUAAUACUACUACUUCGCGUAAAAGAAAAUAGCACUACAAAAAAAAAAAGAAGAAGAAAAUUUAAAAGAAUAAAUAAACUAUCACAGAUAAAUAUCGAGAAAAAAAAAGAAUAAAUGAAACCUAAUUGUUACUAGUACUAACUUAAUAGAUAUUAGCGCACU